GCAGACGGGUGAUGGUUGUAGUUCUUCCGCUAAUGCAAACAACAAAACGAGCAAAGUAGUCACUCUCGAGUGUGGCUACCAUUCCUGUAACAAUUCACGAAAACCUACAGAAGAAACAAGAGUCUCAAAGUCGAGCGCAGCGACACAGAAAGUACCUUUACCUGCCUUCUAGGGCAGCAGAAGUGAAGUGACUUGAGAUCCACAAGAAUGGUGCAGUCCUGCUCCGCCUACGGCUGCAAGAACCGGUAUGAUAAAGAUAAACCUGUUUCUUUGCACAAGUUUCCUCUUACACGACCCAGUCUUUGUAAACAAUGGGAAGCAGCUGUCAGAAGAAAAAACUUUAAGCCCACCAAGUACAGCAGCAUUUGUUCAGAGCACUUUACUCCAGACUGCUUUAAGACGGAGAGCAAUAACAAGUUACUGAAAGAGAACACUGUACCCACCAUAUUUUUUUGUACUGAGCCACAUGACAAGAAAGAAGAUCUGGAGCCACAAGAACAGCUUCCUCCACCUCCUUCAACACCUCCAAUUUCCCAGGUUGAUGCUGCAAUCGGAUUACCCAUGCCCCCUCUUCAGACCCCUGAUAAUCUCUCAGUUUUCUGUGACCACAACUAUACUGUGGAGGAUACAAUGCACCAGAGGAAAAGGAUUCAUCAACUGGAACAGCAAGUUGAAAAG